AAUUUUGGGGGUUUGUGAAAAAGAGAGGAAUGCUUGUUACCUACUCUUAUUAACUUCUCUCAUUCUCUCUCUCUCUUCUCUACACACUUACAACAGUCUCUCUAAUCAAAUUGAGACACACACAUAGAAAGAGAGAUUUGACAAAAAGAAACUUAUUAAAGUCUUCUUAGGUUUCUUGCUUGCUUUUUGUUCUGUUCUUGUUCUCUUUGGCAACAAAAAAUGCAGAACAAACACAAAUGCAAGCUUUGUUCCAAGAGUUUCUGUAAUGGCAGAGCACUUGGUGGUCACAUGAAGUCGCACUUGGUCUCAUCCCAACCGUCCACUCGCAAGAAACUCGCUGACUCGGUCCAUUCAUCUUCUUGCUCUUCCUCCGACGGUAAAUCUCUCGUCUACGGGCUGCGUGAGAACCCGAGGAAGAGUUUCCGGGUCUUUAACCCGGAUCCUGAGUCUUCCACCGUUUACAACAGUGAGACAGAGACCGAACCUGAGUCCGGAUCCCCGGUAAAGAAACGGGUCAGAGCGGAGGUUUCAAAGAAGAAGAAGAAGAAGAAAAAGAGUAGUAAGAGAGUUUGUGAGAACUCGAAGAAGCAGAAGACGAGCCACGAGUCACCAGAACCGGCGAGUUCUGUCUCUGAUGGUUCUCCGGAACAAGAUUUAGCUAUGUGUUUGAUGAUGCUGUCAAGAGAUUCAAGAGAGCUUGAGAUUAAACCGGUUUUUGCAUCGGAGGUAGUAGAAGAGACAAAGCCGGAAAAAAUACAUUUCCCGGAGCUCCGCCGCUGUAUGAUAGAUCUGAAUCUUCCUCCACCACAAGAAACCGAAGCUGUCACCGUCGUUUCAGCCAUAUAAAGGUUUCAAGAGAUUAGAUAACAUCGAAAAUCAAAGAAUCUUGAUGGUUUGGUUUGUCUUCAAGAUUAUUAUUAUUCUUUAUUAGGAAAAAAGAAAAAACCGUUUACUGGUUUUGGAACCUUUGGAAUGAUAUUAUCAAACAAUGUACUUUUGAUGUAAGACAACAACAAAAAGAAGCAAGCUCUGUUUCAAGUUUUCUUAACAAUUUGAGCUUUUCUUGAAAUAUUCGGGGUCAUGGAUGAUUCUUGAUUGUUUGUUGGAUCUUUGUUAUGUCGUUUUGAUAUUUGGAAUUCUUGAGAUGAUUCUUUUGCAUGA